GACCUAUGUGACUCUGGGGGAAGGAUCAUGACCGAAGUCCUUCUCUCUGCUGCUCUGAAUGGAACUGAACCCAACCUGUUAUCCAGCAGCGGCUGGUCUGUGGGAAACGUCACCACCAAGUGUUCUCUGACCAAAACUGGCUUCCAGUUCUAUUACCUGCCCACCGUCUACAUUCUGGUCUUCAUCACUGGGUUUUUGGGCAACAGUGUGGCCAUCUGGAUGUUUGUCUUCCACAUGAGGCCUUGGAGCGGCAUCUCGGUUUACAUGUUCAACUUGGCAUUAGCCGAUUUCUUGUAUGUCUUGACUCUGCCCGCCCUCAUCUUUUACUACUUCAACAAAACAGACUGGAUCUUCGGAGAUAUCAUGUGCAAGCUGCAGAGGUUCAUCUUCCACGUGAACCUGUACGGCAGUAUUCUGUUCCUGACCUGCAUAAGCGUGCACAGGUACACAGGAGUGGUGCACCCCCUGAAGUCCCUGGGGAGGCUGAAGAAGAAGAACGCCAUGUACAUCAGCAGCCUGGUCUGGGUCCUUGUGGUGGCCGCCAUUUCUCCAAUACUCUUCUACUCUGGAACGGGGAUAAGGAAAAAUAAAACCAUAACGUGCUAUGACACAACGGCUGACGAUUACCUGCGAAGUUACUUCAUUUACAGCAUGUGCACCACAGUGCUGAUGUUCUGCAUCCCCUUCAUAGUGAUUCUUGGUUGCUAUGGGCUCAUCGUGAAAGCUUUGAUUUACAAAGAUUUGGACAAUUCUCCUCUCAGGAGAAAGUCUAUUUACCUGGUUAUUAUCGUGUUGACGGUCUUUGCCGUGUCCUAUCUUCCCUUCCACGUGAUGAAGACCUUAAAUCUAAGGGCCAGGGUGGAUUUUCAGACUCCAGACAUGUGUGCCUUCAAUGAUAAGGUUUAUGCCACUUACCAAGUGACGAGGGGCCUGGCCAGCCUCAACAGCUGCGUCGACCCCAUCCUUUACUUCCUGGCAGGUGACACCUUCCGAAGGCGGCUUUCCAGGGCCACCAGGAAAUCGUCCAGAAGGAGCGAACACAACGUGCAGUCCAAAAGCGAGGAAAUGACUCUCAAUAUUUUAGCAGAGUAUAAACAGAAUGGAGAUACCAGUUUGUGAACAAAUGUGGAAGAUUUGGGAGCAGUUUGAAAAAAUCCUCCGCUUUGAGGCAAUAGGAGACUGUAGGGCUACAAGUGUGUGAGGAAAAUCUACCAGUCUCAAAUUCCUUUUAGGUAAAGCCUCAUUUUCUGAUCUUAGAAAAAGCUUAACAAAGUCAGUGGAAGGAUUCUAAUGGAAAAUAACGUGUCAAAAUUCAGCUUUCCUUCAAUAGUCUCAUUUCUUUCUGACUUGUGUCAGAUAAAGUAAAAUGAAGUAAAUCCCCUAAAGGAGGAAAGCAAUCCAAGUGCUUCUAGUUUAAUGACUUAGUCUCCCACGUUCAAAAAUGUUCUCAGUCAGCCUGUCUUUAAAAAUAGGAAAUAAAAAUAAGAGCAGUAUCUUGUCUUCUGAGGCUCAGUCACAGCCUUUUGCUGUUGUACACAAGGAUUUAAAUGAGAGUCACGAUACAGUUAUCAUUUACAGUUUUAUUAUUUCUAGUGCUGAUAAUUAUUUGGUAGUUUGGUGGCAUUUAUGGUUCAGUCCUCUUUCAGUGCCGGUGUUUUACUAAAGGUAGGCUUACUGGUGUGUGCAUGGUUGUGCUUUUGGAUCGCGAUGGUUGUUCACGACAAGUCUGGACCCCUUUAGAGGCCGAGGGCUGGCGGGUGAGGUGGUCCCUGGGGCGCUGGCAGAUGGGCCCCCCGCAGGGCUGUGUGUUGGUGAGCAGAGGUGUGUGGAGGUGCCCCAGCCCUGAGCCCAGGGUCCCACCCUGCUCUGUGCCAGGGCGGCCGGAGGGGCACGGACUGGGCUGGCCGGGGAGCGCGGGGUGAGCCUGGCCCAGGGGCUGCCAGCAUCCUGCCUGCCCGGCCCAGGGGCUGCCAGCAUCCUGCCGUGGCACCGGAGCCCUGCAGAGCUCUGUGCAGGGAGAAGUGGCUGUGCUGGAAAUGCCUGACCCUGCCAGGCCAGCACAGGACAGGUGCUCGAGUUACCUGCCUUUGGUACGAGAAUGGUUCUGUUCCUGCAGUCUGUACAGACAACACAAGAGUUGUUUCCCGAGAAAUAUAAUGAUUAAAAUGGAUUAUAUAAAUGGAAUAUAUAUAUAUUAUAUAUAUAUAUAUAUAUAACAGUAAUUGGGGGAGGGAAUGAGUUUUUUGUACUUUGGCGAAUAAAUUACUGUAUUAACAUGUUGCAAUAUCCUAAGGACUAAAUCCAGCCCUUUAUUGUAGAUCUUCUCCAAAUGUGGAAUAGUUCAUCCAAAAUUAGCCAAACUGCAAUAUUGUGUAACAUAAGAGCUAGUGAUCAGGCACAGACGAAAUCUUACAUGGGCAGUCUCACUUGUUUCUCAUGUUUUUAAUAAAUGUAUUUGAAAAUAUUUUGUGCUGAAAGCAUUAUGAAAGCAUGCUCUGAAUUAUGAAUUUAGUGUACGAAAUAAGGUUCUAUGUAAUCCUAAGGGUGAUUUGUUCCUCCAGUCUUCAUAGUAAGAGUAAAAUACUUAUAUUUUACUUACCAGUUUCCAGUGGUUGGUAACAAACGAGAGUAGCUCUAGUUAUUUUUUGACAACAUUGUAAAGCAGCUUCUGUUCACAAGUACGGCUUCAUCUGCAGAAUCCCUAUUUAUUGAACUUAUUUAUUAGAAUGCUAAAUGUAAAGUAUGUAAAGUGUGGUUCUCCGUGGUCAUGUUCAGAAUUGGGCAUUAAUGGAAAAUUGAAGAGCAUGUUUCAAUCACUGUAUUAAUAAUGUGUCUUUUAACAGAACAUCUUUAUAAUAAACUUGAUUCCACCCUGA